AUGGCUUCCCACAGCAUGCUCGCUCUGCUGCUAGCAAGCGCUGCCCUCGUCAAUGCGCAAAAUGGAGCAACAGGACCCAACAACGGCACAGGCGAUCGUAUCUUCAUGGAAGACGAAAUUGGUGUCCACCUGGUCACAGUCGGGAAAGUCAGCCAUGAAUUUGUGCCCAACCUUGUGGUCGCCAGUCCAGGCGACAAGAUCAUGUUUCAGUUCUCCUCUGGCAAUCACUCUGUGAUACAAUCACUUUACGAGUGGCCGUGCGUCGCAAGCGGAGCUGUCGAUGGACGAACUGUAUUCGCUUCACCACCGCAAGCAGAGGCGACCGAUGAGAUUCCAACGUACUGGAACCUGACUAUCAAAAAUACGGACCCCGUGUUCUAUUAUUGCGGGGCGCCUGGUUCUUGUGUUACUUGGGGCAUGCUCGGUGUCAUUAAUCCUACGAGGGCGACGAACCUUACCGCACAAAUCGAAAUGGCCAAAGAGGCACAGUAUGUUCUGUACCCGGACGCAACUCUACCAGCAUCGGCUUCUGCAUCAUUGUCAGCUGUCGCAGCAAGUAUCCCCGCCGAAUCCAACCCCGAACCAACCGCUACAUCGAGUGCUUCACCUACCGCCACAACCAGCGCUGCUGCUUCUCCCGACGACUCCCGGCCUGCUCUAUCAACCGGCGCGAUAGUCGGUAUCGCAAUAGCUAGUGUAGCAAUCGUUGCGAUCAUCGGUGCUCUCAUCUUCUAUUUUGGUCGGAACCGCGGUCAAAUGAAAGCCCUUCGAGAAUCGAUGCACCGAACACAAGGCGACAACGCAGCUCACAGGCAGAGCCACGCACCACACGAAAUGACGGUCGACGGCGUCACAUAUGUCCCAGCACACGAAUCUCGUGUAAUGAGCAUGAAGCCAGGAGGAUUUCUUCCCCCUUACGGUGCGGAGUCGAGAUCCAAGUCACCGGAUACUGUCUCUACCACGCCAGUGGCAGAUUCGCCUCCUGGAUUGAAUGCACGGAACAGCAAUUUGGCGUCCGAGCAUUCUGACUUCUAUGCGCCUGUACGUCGGCAUGAGUUGCACGCGCAGCCGAACGUGCCUCAGAAUGAGGAGGCCGAUGUUAAUAGGGGGUCGAGAUACCUGUAG